UAUCUCAAAAGGGCUUUUAAAUAUAAGUAUUAUUUACUUGUUAUUUCUGAGAGUAAAUCAAUGAAAUCAGGUUCUGAAGAGGAAAAAAAGCCUAAUGGCUAAGGAAUUUAAAAGAUUUUAAUUUAGGAUAUAUUUAUAGAUGGUUCCAAUACUAGUUUAAGCAAAGGAAGCAAGCCAAAGACUUAUUUAGACAAGUUUAAAGAUCAAUUCUAAGAAACGUUUGAUUAAUUUAGUAGCAGUAAAUUUAGGAGAGGUAGUCAUUUAGUUAGCAGCAAUUUAAAUUAUGGUCUUUAGCAUAAUAACGAAAAAACUUAGACUUUCAACAAAUGCGAUUCAAUUAUUUAUCCUAGCUUUACUAGGGGAAGGAGCUAGUCUUUUAACUAAAAAAAGGAGUAGUUUGUAGAUAAUAAAUAUAUUUUAGAUUUAUAAAAACAAGAGGAUUAAGAAAUACUCAAAAAUACCUUGUAACUCAAAAAUUAAAUGUCUGAGUUCCAGAUUGAUAUGCUCAAGAGGACGUUUGCAAAUCUGAAAAUAUUUAUAGAUCUAGAAAAGUAGAUGAAGAAAGAUGAAUAUAUAAAAAUGAUUCAAAAUUUUGGGUUUUUGAAGCUCCAAAAGGGAUCAGUAGUUUUUGAGUUUGGAGAUUUAGGAGAGAAGUAUUUCAUUAUAUUGAAGGGUAGUGUUUACGUGCUGUUAAAAACGAAUUAUGGUGAAACAGUAAGAAAAAUGAAGCCCAUAGAUGACGAAUAAAAUAUCCUAGAAAAAAGUAGAAAGGUGGAAUCUGAGAAUAAAUCUGGUAAUCUUAGUCCAUUCGGCAGAAAAAACACAAUUGAAUAAAUUCAAUCAGGAGAUUAGAAAUUACAUGCUGAACUUUUUACAAAGAGGAGUAAGUCCACGAUGGCUGACUUCGAAAUAGAUUCAGAGCCAGAUUUAGAGUGUAAAGGAAUUACUUUGAAAUAAGAAAUUAAAUAAAAAUACCCUCAUUUCAGUAUUGUUGCUAGUCAUUACGAAGGAGAAGGAUUUGGGGAGUACUCGCUUAUAAAAAAUAUAAGAAGAACGGCUACAAUAAUAACAUCGUAAGAUACAGUUUUUGCAACAGUGGAUAAAAAUGAGUACAACGAAAUUAUGAAAGAUCAUAUAGAAACUAUUUUUUAAAAGAAAAUUUAAUUUUUGAGGUCAUUUAAAAUAUUCGAAUCCUAAGAAAAGAAAUUAUCGAAUUUAGUUAUGUGCUUUCAGAGUAUUUUUUACCAGCGUGGAGAUAUAAUUUAUAAAGAAUAAGAUGAUUCAAAUAGUAUGUAUUUCAUUUAAAGUGGAGAAGUUGAAAUAUCGAUGUAUGAAUCAAACCUAAAAACCUAAAAAUAAGCUGAAAAUGAAGAGGAGGAGCUUGAUGAUUAAACAAUUCAGAUGAACAGAUUAUUUUUAGUUUCUUCCCAAAAGCUAAAGAGAAUUAAAAAAAGAGUUACUCUCGCUAUACUUAACGAUAAGAGUUAUUUUGGUGAGGAAGAAAUUGUAUAAAAGUAAAAGAAAAGAAAAACUUAAGCAAAAGUAAUUUCUGCUGAGUUUUCAGGAUUAAAAAUCAGUCUAAAAAACUUUUUAUUACUUUGCAGAUUCACUGACGUAAUGAAAAAAUUACGCUUAAACUAUAGAAUGAAACAGGAGUGGAGAGAUUCUUAUCAUGUAAACUGUGUAGAGACUAUACAAAAACUUAAUUCCAGCAAUUUCUCUUCAAUCUCACCUCCUAGAUAAGAGGAAGCUCAUUUCUCAUAAGUAAAAUUAGAAAGUCCACAAAAAACUACUAACAAUGUAAGCUUUAGCUUUAAUUCAAAUAGUAAAAAUUAAUUCAAGACUCAAUAAUCUCCAAUACUUAAAGGGAAUAAAUUUGGAGUUUCGUAAGAACUUAUCCUUUAAUAAAAAAAGUAAUCAGGGUAAAAUUAAAAUAAUUAGCAUGAUAAUUAAUAACAACAUGAUUAAAACUCAAGUUUUCUCCUUAAAAAAAUUAAUAAAAACACAAUUCAUCUAACAGAUGAAUUUAAUAAAAGUUAGGUAAAUAUCAAUUCGAUUCCUAAAGACAAUAUAAAUUCAAAUGAUAAUGGUAACUUAAUCAAUCUUUAAAGCUUUCUAGGAAAUUAAGAAUAAAUAUCAAUUUUUGGGCAUCUAUCAUCAGUUAGCAAUAAAUUUAAUUUCUCACAGUCACUUUCUCCAGAUUAAAAAGCGAAAAAUUAGGUGACUUCUGAUUAAAAAUAAGAAAGUUUUUUGUAAUCCGAUCUCAAUAAAUCCACCUAAUUUUAGUCAACAUGCUUUAGUCCUAUCUAAAGAAGUCAUAUAAACUCUCUUGUUUCUAAUAAUGCAAAAAAAAGUAGUAAUUUUAAGAUAAAACAACCACUUUCUCUUCUUUCUUCUUAUGAUACAAACUAAAAGAACUUUAAAUUGAAUUUGCAACAAUUUGGACACAGUAGACCGAUAACUCCUCAUCAAUAAGAAGAUAGAGGUGAGAACUAAAUAUCUUUUAAUAGCUAAGAUAAUCAAGAAACUACUAAAUUAAAAGAUAGAUUCUUAGAUAAAAAUUAUUAAGCCAGCGAAUUUGAAAAACUAAAAACUAUGCCCUCUCGUGAAUUGGUUUCUAUUAGUAACGAAGAUAAAAUACCUUUUAGAAAUGAAAAUAAUAUGAAAUAUUUUAAUUCCUUAAAUUAGUCAUUUUAUAAUAGCAGUAACAUCAUUUCUCCUUAAAAGAAUUAAAAGUAGAUCAGGGCUUAUUCAACUGGGAAAAAGAAUAAUAUUUCUAUGAAUUUAAGUGAUUGUAAUUAAUAAAACCUCUAAAAAAUAUUUUAAACAAGUAACAGACUUUAAACAUCUCCAUCUAACAAUACUGAAUCAGAAGAUAUUUAGGAGGAGACGCGUGUUUAGUAAAUGAAUUAAGGCUUUUCUUAUUACAAAUAUUUAUAGUAAAAUGAAGAAGGUCCUAUAGGUAAGAAAGAUAGAAAAAAGAAGGACCCAAUUUCAAGUAGUGAUAAGAUAGAUGAAUAAUUUCUUCUUUAGAAAUAUACAUAAAAAUUUGACAAUACACAAGAUAUUUCAAGUCAAUUAUUUGGAGUAUAAUUAUAGAAUAACUCUCACUUAGUAUAUAAUUACCAAAAGAUACACCAAAAAUUGAUGGUUAAUUCAAAUCUCAUUAAAUCUAAUGAAAAGGGCAGGAGAAUGAUGUAAUAUUACAACGACGUUUAGAAAUGUCAGACAGGCACUUUUAAAAAAUUUAUUAGUCCAUUCAUUUUCUAUAAAGAAAGAAAUAAAGAAGUCUCAAUAUUAUAAAAUGAUUAUAAAAGGUUAGAUGAAAGAAAAUCAUCUCUCAACAGGACAACCGACUCUGCAUUUAAAUAAAACAAGCUUAGGAACAAAAGCAUGGAUGCAUCUUUAGAAGGAAUCAAAAGCGAUUAAUUAAAUAUAUCUUUAAAUUAACAAUAUCCAGUGUAAUAAAAUAAUGAAAAAACUGAUUAUAAAAUGAUCUUUUUAAGGAAAAAAGUAAAGAAUUAUGAUAAUAAAGAGUAAAUUACUGAUCAAAAUAACCUAGUUUUGAGAAUUUCGCCAUUAAAAAUUUAAUCAUAAUAAAAUAAUUAAGUGAAAUCAUAAUAAAAUAAUUAAGUGAAAUCAUAAUAAACCAAAUAAGUUUAAUCCAUCUAAAAACAUUCUUAAUAAUGA